CACUACUUCCCCCAACAACACCCGCCCCAAACAACCGUGUUAUAAUGCAUGUCCUUCUUGCGGAGGACAACAAUGUCAACCAACGUAUCUUCACAAAACUUUUUAAUAAAGUCGGCUGCUCAUUUGCGAUCGUGAACAAUGGUCGUGAGGCCCUGGACUACCUCGCCAGUCCGGCUUGCCCACCUCCAGACAUUAUUUUGAUGGAUAUUGCCAUGCCCGUCAUGAGCGGUUUCGAAGCCACAGAGAUCAUCCGAACACGGCUACCAUUUACUAAUAACCCGAAGCUCCAAAUGACUCCCAUAAUCGCUCUCGCCGCUCACAUUUUACGAGGUGACGGGGAAAGACUGAUUCAGAAAGGAUUCACUGAUGCCUUGUCCAAGCCUGUUCGAUGGACACAUCUCACCCAAAUUCUGUCACAGUAUUUUCAAUAUCAGCCUACCCCUGUGGGCCCUGGCUCACCGAUGCUGAAGAUGACGCCUGUUUGGGGUCCUCUUCCAUUGAGGAAAUUUAGGGGGCCUAGGUCUCGUCUUUAAAUUUCAAUGCUAGGUGUCUUCAAGUGAUCCGGGAUUAGCGUUCUGUAAGAUUGGUGGGUUAUGAGACAUUUCGUGUAUGAGCAGACAGUGUUAUUGAUGGUUCACACCUGUAUCAUUUAUCUUCGUUGGAUAUUUCCUUGUAAGAGGAUCUUACAUACAGCAGAGCAUAUGAUGCUAUUUGGCCGUGGUUAGGUGCAUUCGCGCGCGAAGAAUCCUUGGACAUGGGGAAGGCUCCCG